UUUUCUUCUACUACCAUGGCGAAUGUCAAGAAAAUCAAACGCGAUCCUGCUAAGAACCCAAUGCGGGAGCUUCACAUCAGGAAACUAUGCUUGAACAUCUGCGUCGGUGAAUCUGGUGAUAGACUUACUCGUGCUGCUAAGGUGCUGGAACAACUGACAGGUCAACAGCCAGUUUUCUCAAAGGCCAGAUAUACUGUUCGUUCCUUUGGCAUUCGUCGUAAUGAAAAGAUCGCCGUCCACUGCACAGUGCGUGGUGCAAAGGCUGAAGAAAUUUUGGAACGCGGCCUGAAAGUGCGUGAAUACGAGUUGAGACGUGAUAAUUUCUCUGCCACCGGCAACUUCGGUUUUGGUAUUCAGGAACACAUUGAUUUGGGUAUCAAAUACGAUCCUUCCAUUGGUAUUUAUGGUCUGGACUUCUACGUUGUACUGGGUCGUCCAGGUUACAAUGUUGCACAUAGGAAGCGCAAGUCUGGAACAGUUGGCUUCCCACACCGCCUUACAAAGGAAGAUGCCAUGAAGUGGUUCCAACAGAAAUACGACGGCAUUAUUCUCAAUAGUAAAAAGUAAAUAAUACCAACGUUUGAAAUAUAACUUUUUUUUUUAAACUUA